AUUUCAUUUAUGUCGAGAGAAACAAAAAGGCUGCGAAGCCGAAACUACCAGAACUCCAGAACCAUCCCUUACCUGGGAAACCUCAGUGGUCACUGUAGUGAGAGAGAGAGAGAGAGGAGUGGUUUUUGAAUGGCAGGAGCUAUAACUCAGCGGCCGCCGGGUUCGAGCGCCGGUGGAGCUGUUGCUGGUGCUGGUCAAGUUCACACAGCUUCGCAGCGGCAGAGUUAUGUGAAUAACUCGGUUCACAUUUCGGGCGUGGCUACACGUUUAGCCAUGCACAUCGCUGGACAUCGGUCGGAUCCUUAUGAGUUCGUCCAACUUUGCCUCGCAUUAUCCAGAGGUAUUGAUCAUGCAGUUGCAAACAAUGAGGUUCCGGCCCGAGCUCAAGAAUUACCUUUGGUGUUAAAACAGGUUGAGUAGUAAGCUGGCACUCUCAGUGUGCAACCAACCUGAUACUGUCAAUUUCCAUCUGCGUUAAUAAAUUAGUGAGCAUUUCUUUUGGUACUGAUUUGAAAUUUAGACAUGCAAUAUUUUUAUAAAUAAACUCAUAUUAAUGACUCGACAGGUUAAAGAGUACCAAGCACAUAAAAUAAGAAUCAUAAGGAAGUCUUUCAUUUCUCUAUCAUUAUAGAGAAUCCCAUCUAUAUUAUCUAUGGAAUUCGAACCUGAACUCUUUUUAUGUAGUUUGAGUAGAAAAUAAAGAAGGAGAGGAGAAAACUGGCUUGUCAGAGUGACAAAGGCCACCACUUUAUUUCUAAUUAAGUUGAAUUACAAAUAAGGCAUGGUUUAUCUAGCAUGUGCUACAUGUGGAGCAUGUAUGUACAAUGAAUCUGGACACAUUACAGGAAUAAAGAAAUAAACCAAGAAAUAAACCGAACUGAACCAUAUCUCAACAUUCCCCCUUCAAGUUGGUGCAUAGAUAUCGCACAUGCUCAAUUUGGAAAUUAAUGGAUGAAAGGAUUUAGCAUAUAUACCCUUGGUAAAAAUAUGUGCCAGUUGGUUCUCUGUGGUAACAAACGGAGUGCAGAUCAGUCCAUCUUGGAUCUUUUCUUUGAUGAAAUGCCGAUCAAUUUCAACAUGCUUGGUCCUGUCAUGGUGAAUAUGAUUAUGGGCUAUACUGAUUGCAGCCUUGUUGUCGCAGUAGAGCCUCAUAGGUCCCUUAGGAGUCAACUUCAGAUCACUGAUUAGCUUUUUCAACCAAAUGAGCUCACGAACACCAUGUGCCAUUGAUCUAUAUUCAGCCUCGGCAUUGGAUCUGGAGACUACAUGUUGUUUCUUGCUUAGCCAGGUGACAAGAUUUCCCCCAAGAAAGGCACAGUAACUAGAGGUAGAACACCUUUCGUCAAUGGAACCGGCCCAAUUUGCAUCAGCAAAGGAUUCUAACUUCAGGCUUCCAUUGUUUGAGAAUAAGAUACCCUUUCCUGGUGCUGAUUUUUGGUACCAGAGAAUUCUGUACACUGCUUAAAGUCGAACAGUCCUUGGGUCGUGAAAGAAAUGACUAACAACACCCACUACAUAAGCAAUGUCAGGCCUUGUGUGAGACAGAUAUAUGAGUCUUCCUAUAAGGCGUUGAUAUUGUUCCUUUGCUAUAGACUCACCUCCAGUAUUGCUGAAUUGGUGAUUAACCUCAAUGGGAGAUUAGGCCUGCUUACAACCAAGCAUCCCAGUCUCUUAAAAAAGAUCUAGGAUAUACUUUUGUUGAUAGAUGAAGAUCCCUUUGUUGGAUCGAGCUACUUCAAUCCCCAAGAAAUAUUUUAGGUUUCUUAAAUCCUUGGAGGCGAUUUUGCUUCAUCAUCACUGGUGAACACUAUAUCAUCAUCUUGGCCUCUCUAUGUUUGACAAAUAGGGUGUGAUCCGCACUACUCUGUUUGAACCCGAACUUUAGCAACGCCUUCUGAAAUCUUUCAAACGAGGCACUGGGAGAUUGUUUGAAACCAUAGAGAGAUUUCUGGAGGUUGCACAACUUACAAAUAGUAGUGGAAGAAUCGAAGCCAAGAGGAAUAUCCAUAUAGACUUCUUCCUCAAGAUCACCAUUCAAGAAGGUGUUUUUUACAUCUACUACUGGAGAUUCCACCCAAGGUUUGUUGCACAUGAUAAAAGAGCUCGUACAGAAUUCAUAUUGGCAACUGGGGCAAAGGUUUCUUGGUAGUCAAUGACAUAGGUUUGAGUGAGUCCUUUGCCAACUAGCCUUGCCUUAUAUCAAGAAAUGGUUUCAUCUGCAUUCUGUUUAACUGUGAACAGCCACUUGCACCCCAUAGGUUUCUUUCCCUUAGGACAAGGGACAAGCUCCCAAGAAUUAUUUUUCUUCAGGGCUUGCAUUUCCUUUAUCAUAACAGUCUUCCAUUUAGGGUCAGUAAUAGCAUCUUUCCAGCCUUGUGGAACUGACACAGAAGGUAAAGAGGAAACAAAAACACAAUAGGUGGGGGACAAAGAUUUAUAGGAAAUAAAGUUAGAAAUGGGGUGUUGGAUACAAGAUCUAAUCAACUUUUAGAUAACAAUGGGACGAUCAUCAUGAGCAAAAGGAGGAGGAGCAUAGUUACCUUCUGUGUUCUCUGAAGCUGAUUCAGGGUAAGGUAGGAGGACUUGGUAAGGUAGGAGCAACUUUCUCUUUGUGGUGAGAAUAAAUUAUGAGUUCUUUUCUACUAAUCAAAGGACUUUAAGCGUUCUCCCCCUGAAGAUGAAUAGUAUCAAUGAUGAGAGGAUUGGAGAAACUAUAUUUGAAGGCAUUUCUUCCUCAGUAAUUCUCCUCUUGAAGAGAUGUUGGAUAAAAGGGUUUGUCUUCAUGGAAAGUAACAUCCAUGGUGACAAAUAACUUCCGGGUGGAGGGUGAUAGCAAUGGUAUCCCUUUUGGGAGGUGGAGUACUCAAGAAAGACACAUCGGAAAGCUUAAGGAUCCAGCUUAGAAUGCUGAGGAGAGGAGUUGUGGGCAAAGCAAAGACUCCCAAAGAUCUGGGGAGGGAGAUGAGCGGCAAUAGGAGGAUCGGGAAGCCUGCUGCUUGGAGUCUUGAAAUCGAAAACAGUAGAAGGGACCCUAUUGAUGAGGAAGGCAUCAGUGAGAACAACAUACCCCCAGUAAAAUUUGGGGACAUAAGUGGUGAACAGCAGAGACCGAGCAACAUCAAGAAGAUGCUGAUUUUUUCUCUUAGGAUUACCAUUAUGCUCUGGAGUAUGAACAUUGUCAUACUCAGUGCCAUUAUCACUGCGCAACACCUGAACUUGCACAACAAAUUGGGUCUGAACCAUAUUAUGGAACACUUGGAAACAAAGAAAUGUGUUUGAGAUUUUAAAAUAUAACCGCAAGCGUACGGAUCAGUGUAGCUACGGGUCGAACACAGGGAGAGCAGCUACUUUAUUUUUUUAUUUCUUUUAAUAAUACGAAAGUGAACCGAU